CAUGAACCCAGAAUCUUUAUUGUCCACUGGAACAUCAAGGAACUGUCUGAUACUCGGAACAGAGAGUCUAUCUAUGCUCUGUAAUGGGCUGUUUUCUUGGGUGUUUUGGUGGGUCUAAUGAUCGGAAACGCCGAAAACAGAGGAGCAAGGUCAUCCCUCGAGACCAAAGGCAUGGAAGUCAGAGGCUUUUCCAAACUCCUGUGUCUUCAGAGCUGGGCAUAGCAGAAAAGCCCACCACCCUGGUGUCGGAGCUGCGAGAUAAUUCUGAGGAACAAUUGUUGAGCUUGAGUACGAGAAAGAAAGUUACAUUUGAUACGACCGUCACAACAUAUGAGAAUGUCUCGAUCAAUGAAAGUGUUGAUUCUUUGAUAGAGAGUGACAAAGUUAGGGAGAAGGAAAAGGAGGACAAUGUGGCAAAAGCAAGCCAAUCUAGUUCUGUUGCUGAAGAUGAUUCAGUCACUUCCAGUGUUGGAUCUUACCCCCAAAAUCAUAGGUACCAGAACUGCAGAGAUAGUGACGAUGAAGCUGAGUAUGGAGAUAGUGAUUUGGAUGACGAUGAUGAGGAAGGGGAGGAGGAGGAGGAGGAGGAACGAGAAGACUAUGGUGAUUAUGAUGAGGAUGGUGAUGAUAGAAUUGAAGUUAAAGAAGUGUGGUCCGAGUCCAUUCCAACUACAUCCAUGGAGUCAAGGACUGAUAGUUCUUCGGUGCGUGCGAUUAUGGAGGUUGUAGAGAGUCCAAUGGCAUUAUGUGGCUUUAGUGGGCAAGGAGUGGAAUGUAUUGGGUCUAACCGAAAUGCAAGAGAUAGGAGUGUCUAUGUUCAUCCUGUGUUGAACCCAGUGGAGAAUCUCACUCAGUGGAAAGCUGUGAAAUCAAAAGGGGCACCACUUUUGAAGCCUCAAAAGGAGAAUUUUACAGCAGAGCAAGAAGCACCUCGUAUAUCGUUUAGCUCAGAACCAACUUUUAAGCAAUCAUCCUUAAGUUUCAAGUCAAAACGUGAUCAACGCGAUAAUUUAAAUCAAGAAAUGGCAGUUGAUGCUAGUCUUUCAAAUUGGUUAGUUUCGCCUGAAACUACUCCCGCCAAGAAGACUAGCUUCACCAGGCUCGAAACCAUUACAUCUGAGAAGAGUAUGUCACAAGGAUCAAAUUCAAUUAGGAGCUUUGAAGAUAGACCAAUUUUGGGUGCAUUGACUGUUGAGGAGAUGAAACAAUUUUCAGCGUCUUGCUCACCAAGGAGGUCCCCUAGUCGAAGCCCUGAUGAGAUGCCUAUAAUAGGUACUGUAGGAACCUAUUGGAAUGAAAAAGCCAAGGAUUAUUCUGGUUCAGCUUCUUCCAAUAAAGGCAUACCAAGCAAAACCAGGAAAUAUAGAGACGUAUUUGUGAAGUGA